UUGGUGUCGGCUGGGUCUUCUCAGACUCAGCAAGCGGCACCCGCCGCUGGUGGAGCACGUCGCAUGCGUUGGACAAAAAUUAUGAACGAAAAUGCAUUGCGGGCGUAUUAUAGGCUGAAAGGGGAAGAAACUGCGGGGAUAGCGUAUAGAGCUCGGAUGCAUUGGUUUUUUGUUGAGCUGGAGUCGUCUAUUCCCAUCACGGAACAAAACCUGUCAGACCAAGUUCGGUACAUCAUGCGCUCGAAAAUAUUUCAUGAUGCCGAACUCGAACGACUACGACGCGAGGCUAUUCCUCCAUCGAAUGAAUCGGCUAUAGCUUGGAAUGCAGCUCCACAGGCGAUAGACCAGCAUCCACAUGUGAAAACCGCCAUGAAUCUUCCGAUUCUGGUUGGUUCGGACGAUGAUGAAAUAGUCUCCCACGAACUAGAGUAA